AUGAUGUUUGGCGACGAUAUACACGGUACAUUUUUUGAACAGUCACACGAUGCCUACAAUGAUAAAAGUCACCGUCGCGGCCGAUCAAGGUCUCGAAUUUCGACCUCCGACGAUAUUUCCACGUCUUUCACUGCGCCGUUGAAGUCCGGAAGCCCCUGGAUACCGGCUCCUCCAAGAUCGUGUAGGAAGACUGGGAAAUACCUCGUGGUUUUGGUCGUUACUGUCGCAUUUAUCUUCUUUUGGAACUCUCUUUUAGGGAUAUCUAUGGGCCACGUCAGCUACUUAAAAAUCCGCGAAUACGGCUUUCCUCUCGGCUUCCUGCCGGAAUCGCGGACAAGGGAGUUAAAAGAUACCUUGGUCGGAUAUAAACAUCGUGGCGGAGAUUGCAAUGUUUCUUCCCUAGAUCUCCAUAUACCUUUUGGGUCUAUCUGCCCGGAUAGAAAUUCGAUGUUGACAGCCAUGUCGUCCGGGGGUCGGGUUGGCAAGGAUUCCCCGUACGUGCCUCGGGGUUGCGACAUGCGAUGGUUCAGCACGUUGGAAGCAUGUGAAAUCCUCGGCCGAUAUUCACAAGUCAUCCUCGUGGGCGACUCUAUGCUGAGACACGUCAUCGGAGCAUUGAAUAUCUUGAUUCGGGAGGAUUUAGGAUAUGGUGGAGUCACAGAUUGGAAUUUUGAUGCCGAGGAAAAACGCAAGUGUUUCUGCAAUAACCAGUUUGACGUCCACGACUGUUCGGUUCAGGGAAUUUUUAGCACGGCAGAUGUUAUUGAGCACGAUCCCCUGAGCUUAAUGUGUCCGAAAUUGAUUCCGGAAUGGAACACGGACUUGCGGAUUGAGCAGAUGGUGCGAUAUCCCAUCCCGGACGAAGAGCGCCGCCGAUUCGAGAGGGCAAUUGAUCCUAACCCUUCCCAACUGAAGGCAUUCGUCCUGGGCCACGGGCUUUGGAAUAAUCUGGACGUAGACCAAGCUGUGAACUGGUUAGAUUUGGUGCUGGACACGAUUGAGUCGAAAACCGGAGCGCGCAUGCGACUACGGGGCCGUAGCCCGAGAAAGAAUUUGCCGAUUCUUCUGAUGACGCCGAACGCAGCGGGAGAGAAGAAGCCGGAUGAGUGGAUCGUUAGUCAGGGAAACAAGGCCCUGGUCCGAUUCGAGCACGCGAUGGCAGUUCAUGCUGCCAAGAAGAGGGUGGACCACCUCGGGACGUGGAAUAUGAGCAUUCAAGCGACUCUAUACGACGGUGUGCAUAUGGACAUGCGUGGAAACCUCUUAAAGGCUAUGAUGGUAUUGAAUUGGCUGAACCUAUUGGACGCCCGAGGAUAGGCUGUGCCAUCGAC